AUGGAUCCUUUGUCUGCAGUAGGAUUGAUUUCAGGGUCCUUUCCGGUUGGACAUGUCAUUAGCGAAACGCUAGCGGGUCUAGCAAGUCUGCGCGAGAAAUACCAACACGCCGACCUUACGAUCGAGGCGCUCGAGAAAGAAUUGGGAACGAUCAAGGCUGCGAUCACGCAUUUGGAGGUCUGGACAAGAGCCAGACUACGCGAAUCUCCAGCUGAAUACAGAAGUACCCUGGAAGUUGCACUUGAUGGCUGCCGCACGGUCAUGGAAGCCCUAUCGGACGAGGUUCUGGUUCUAACGCAGAGCGCAUCGCCAAAUGAGGCUGGAGUCGGCUUCCGCACCCGCAUUAGGGUUCUCUGGAGAGAAGAUGUCAUGAGGGGACAUCAGGAGAGGCUCCGUUCUCAGCUGAUUGCCCUACAAUUGCUGGUGCGAGCCUGUCAAUGCCAGUAUUCUGCAGAGCAAGUGGAGCUUUUGCGUAAAGCAGAGAGCCGUCACAUCAUACGGAAGGUCGCAGAUGACGCUGCCACGCUACGCUCCUCAACAAGGUGUGCUGGUUCUCGAGCCGAUACCGCUUCCAGACUGAGCCAACACGAGUCCACGGCUGGCGAUACGGUCUUUGAAUUCGACAGAACCCUCGCUGCGACCUUGCUAUAUCAACGUGUACCGCAACUUUUGUACUCGAAACCAGAGACGAGGUCCGCCACGAGCAACGGCAACCACAGUCGAAUGACCGAUGAAGGCUAUGGCAGAGCAGGUCUGACGGACGGCUCAAUACACACCUGGCGUCGCCAGCAUGACAGAGAUAUCAACACAAGCAUUGACCUUACGUCUGCAGAAGGAGCCGGCAAUCAUCUCAUUGUCAAGAUCGCUCAGACGAGCUCUUGGACUGACAUGGAAAAACUGAUUGAACGCGGGUGUGACCUGGAGGCGAAACACCUACCGACCCGCCGAACCGCCCUUCAUGUUGCGGCGCACUGUGGUAAUGAGGCAGUUGUAGAAAUUCUUAUUCGCAAGAACCCACGCCUUGAUGCGGUUGACAAGUCGGGGUCGACGGCCCUACACCUCGCAGCCUCGCGCGGCCACUGCCGGGUCCUCGAGUCACUGAUACUUUCCGAGCUGAUAGACAUUGAAGCGCGGGACUCAAGGGGGCGCACUGCUCUCUUGGUAAAUGCACGAGCAGACACGCAGAUGACUGCCCUUCCUAUCGCAGCCAAGCAGGGCGACGAUGCCAUUGUCAAGCUGCUAGUCAAUGCAGAUGCUGAUCUAGAAGCCAAAGAUGGCACACUAAUGACUGUAUUGCAUUACGCUUCUGAAAAAGACCACAAGGACACCACUUAUAUGUGCUGCCGCUGUUGGUGGACUUUCAACAACCGCGUUGCUUCUAAAAAGAAAAGCCUCGAGUCGAUGCGUCGACGAUGUCGCAUGACUGCUAUGCAUUGGGCUGCAUAUAAUGGGCACACAGAAGUAAUGGAGAUCCUCAGCAGUCGGAAGAGUUCUUUGACUGCUCUGAACUUCGUGAAGCGAACCGCGCUCCACUUAGCCGCUAUGAACGCUCAAUUUGCCGUCGUAGAGCUUCUUCUCAGGAAACAGGUACCAGUGGAAACCAAAUGCCAAUCUGGAUUGACGGCUCUGCACUACGCAUGUCUCGCGAACAGUAUCGAGAUUUCAAGGUUGCUCCUUAUGUCAGGCGCCGAUGUUGAAGCACAGAUGGACGACGGAAUGCAAAGGCGUCCUGUGCAUAUCGCAACCAACCAAAACUCGAUAGGACUCCUGAACCUGCUUUGUGACAAACGGGCUACUAUCGAAGAAUUCUCUAGGCUACAGAGCUCUUGGAGUUGCAUGCUGUGA